AUGCCGAAACUUCCUCCGUCUGUACGUGUGGCAGUAACGGGUGCUGCUGGUCAGAUUGGUUACUCGCUGCUUCCACUCAUUGCCUCAGGCCGUAUGCUUGGACCAACACAGCAUGUGCAACUCCGUCUGCUUGACAUUGAACCGGCAAUGAAUGCACUCCAGGGUGUACGCGCGGAACUUAUUGACUGUGCCUACCCGCUGCUGGAUGAUAUCGUCAUCACGCACGAACCGAAAGUCGCAUUUGAAGGUGCCGAUGUCGCUAUCUUCCUCGCGUCAGUCCCACUCAAACCUGGACAGGUGCGUAGGGAUCUCCUGCGCGCGAAUGCAAAGAUAUUUACCGAACAAGGACGUGUACUGGGCGAGGUUGCAUCCCCCGAUUGCCAUGUCUGUGUUGUUUGUAACCCAGUUAACACCGGCGCCCUUAUUCUACUUCAGGCCGCAGGCGGUAAAAUCAAAGCGAAAAAUGUUACAGCCCUCACACGCCUUGACCACAACCGCGCCAGAGCACUUCUGGCGGAACGUGCAAAGGUCCGCGUGGAGGAUGUGAAGAACUGUAUCAUCUGGGGAAACCACAGCAGUACGCAGGUGCCAGAUGUAAAUGCCGCCACUGUUAAAGGUGUACCCGCGCGAGAGGUUAUUAAGAAUGAUGCAUUUCUUGAUGGAGAGUUCAUAACAACUGUGCGAGAACGUGGGUUUGUAGUCUUGAAAUUACGGGGUCUCUCGUCAGGCCUUGGUACAGCCAAAGCUGCUUGCGAUCAUGUGCACGAUUGGCUACUCGGUACACCGGAGGGUACACAUGUCUCCAUGGCAGUGUACUCAGAUGACAACCCAUACGGUGUACCCGGGGGCCUUAUAUUUUCCUUCCCAGUCACCUGUCGUGAUGGGGAAUGGCAUAUUGUUAAGGACAUCAAGAUCUCCCCAGCGGUGGCGGAGCGUAUUAAAGCCACAACGGCUGAACUGGAGGAUGAGCGAAAAGAAGCAGCCAGUUCUUGA